UGCUGGUCCAGAAGAAUACAAUACAGUUGUGCAGAAGCCGAGACAAAUACUCUGCCAGUUCAUUGACAGAAUUCUUACAGAUGUAGAUGUUGUUGCUCUGGAACUGAUUAAGAAAUCAGAUUCACAGCCCAGUUCUGUAAUGUUGCUUGAUUUUAUUCAACAUAUCAUGAAAUCUUCCCCACUUAUGUUUGUAAAUGUGGAUGGAAAUCGGGAGGAAACAGAAUGCAGUUGCAUUGAAUUUAGCAACUGGAUCAUAACAAGGCUUCUCCGGAUUGCUGCAACUCCAAACUGCAACACAUUGCACAAGAACAUUUGUGAUGUCAUUUGCUCUUUACUUCUUCUGUUUAAAAUGAAGAGUUGCUCCAUUUUUGAAGUACUAACAAAAGACUUGCUACAGCUUUUCCAAGACUUAAUCUACCUGCACGAAAGAGAUACACAAAAGCAUCUCUGGGAAGAUGGACUGGUCUGGCCAGUGACUGUAAAGAGAUUUUCAAGCAAUACAAGUGACAAUAUGGGAUAUUUAAGAUUGGCACCAUUACAGCUGAUGGGUAUGUCCAAUGUAGAAUGUUUGGAAGUUAUAUUAAUGUCUGUUCUGACAGAUAUUGUUGCAGAUGUGUUUUUUGUAAGACAAGAUAUUAUCCUUUGGGGGAUAGGCUGCUCCCUGUUGGAGUAUGGCAGUCCAAAUGUUAAAGUUUUGGUGGUGAAGUUUUUAGUAAAAUUAAUUCACUUAGGAGGACCUCCGGAACAGCUGGCCAGUGUUUUCUUCGCAGUCUUUUUUGGAAUUCUACAGUCAGCACUUGAAAUGGAUAUUAAAGAAUCAGAACUCUUUGGAGAACCACUCUUACUGUUGGUGAGGACAUUGCUGCCUUUUGAAGCAGAUUCUUACAAAAAUAUUGAACCUGUCUACUUGAAUAUGCUACUAGAGAAGCUCUGUGCAUUGUUUGAAGGUGAUGUGUUUAGGUGUCUUCAGUCUGAAAAGCUGAAAGCUGUUUUUUGCCAUAUACUGCAAUAUUUUCUGGAGUUUGUUCCAACUGGCUAUGAAUCUGCCUUACAAGUAAGAAAAGCCCAUAUCAGUACCAUAUGCGGAAUUUUUGUGAAUGUGCUUGGAACUCAGGAAGAACAAGAGUAUCUGGUGAGUCCACUUUAUACAGCAUUAAAAACACAAACGGAAGAAAUCUUUCAGGAGCUUCAUCAGAACCAGCUGGAUACUUCUGAUACUGAUGGGUGGAGCAGCAUCAGUGAUGACAUUCCAGAGAAAAGACGACGACUAAGCUUACCAACGAAGCAUCCAAAGAAAUCGCCUACAUCAGUAAUACUUAGUCCUGUAAACAUGAAAUUGAAGAGCACACUAUGGAAUGCCAUCACAAAGAAGGCUGCAUCCUUAAUAUUUAUCCUUGAGAAAGAAAUUCUGGCAGCAGAUAUUCUUCAGACUGUAGAAGGGAUUGCUGUAAUUCUGCGACUAGCUGCUUUGUGCAUAGUUCAUUGUUCUCCCCCAAGAAAUUCUACCAGUACAAAUCAUAAAGUAACUCAUCCGUGCAACUUUGACACAUGUAAGAAUACCCAAAGCUCCUCAGAUUCAGUGGUGAAUAUACAGUUCACAUGGAUUUCCUCUGAUUUUAUCACAAGAAUAGUGAAAGUCUGCACAAACCUGUUAGAGGCUGCUACACAGAUUGUUAACCUGGAACAAGUGAUUGACAGAAUAGUGAAAAUCUUCGACGCUUUGCUGUAUGCACACGUGAAAAUUCCACUGAGCAAUCAGAUUCUUGAUAAUUUAUGUGGAUUGCUGUCUCUGCCCUGGAUUUGCAGCCAUCCUGAUGAUUCUUCUUUUAAGCCAUCUGCUUUUGGGUUUGAUCCUCUGGUUUUGAGUCAAAAAACUGCACAGAGUUUCUCAUUUAUUGAAAAUAUACCUCAUCUUUGCAAACAUCUGGAUUUUAACACUGAUGAGUCCAGUGUGAAGAUUCUUGUUGGGUCUUUAUUAAAUCUAAUGGAAGAUCCAGACAGAGAUGUAAGAGUGGCUUUCAGUGACUGCAUAAAGGACAUACUAGAGUCCUUAGACUCUGAAGAAGGAUUCAUAAAAGAGCUGUUUGUUUCAAGAAUGAAAGAAGCCUAUACAAAUGCCAAAAUGUCAAGAAAUAAUGAGCUUAAAGAUUCAUUGAUUCUCACGACGGGCGAUAUUGGAAG